CACGUUUGACCCUGUGCGCUUUCCGUAGCUUGUCAAAACUUGGUGCUUGCCGUGCCCCUCAUGGAGAUUGUUGAUGAAGAAGUAUAUUAGAUUAUUGAUUUCAGUAUGGAUCCUCAUCACCCGUACCUGAUCGGGGAUUGCCUUAUUCAUAUUUACACAUUUCUAACCGAGGAGGAUUUGAUCAUAGCUUCGCAUGUGUGUAAGGACUGGCACGAAGCUGCGGACACUCCGUGGUUAUGGAGGAGGUUGUGUCUGCAGCGCUGGACCUUCUGUAACCUCACUGUGUUGGGCAGUAAACAGGUCAAUCACUCCUGGAAGACCUACUUCCUGCGACGCCGCCACCUAGAGGAGGAGAUGACGCAAGGACGGUCAGGAGGUUACAGCUGCAAAAGCCUCAGAGGACACACAGGCAGGGUGGUAGGGCUGGUGUACCUGCAGGGGAACUCAGCCCAACAUCCUGAGCUCUGGAGCAGCAGCGCCACAGUCUGCAGCGGCUCCACUGAUGGUACAGUUCGGGCAUGGAACAUCCAAAAUGGGGAGCUUGUGUGGUGCAGUCCUGUGCAGAGUCCCUUGACUGCGAUCGUAAAGGAUGAACAGCAUGACCUCGUGAUCACAGCAGACUCCACAGGCCUCAUCAAGACCUGGCAGGCCAGCAGCGGCCAGGAGGUGGCCUCGUUUCCAACUGCAUCCCCUCACUGUACAUUACUCCAGUACAGCAUCAACAACGACUGGUUUCUCACUGUGGGAACCAGUCAGGGGUCAGUGUGCACACUAGCUGAUUCAGCUUUGACUAAAAAGUCCAGCAUCAAGGUUUGGGACACGUUUAAAGUCGACGUACUCGUAGUUUCACCGAACAAGAAAUGGAUCACAGCUGGAACCAGGGACAAUGAUGAUUUAUGUCCAAAGGUGAUCUACACCGAGAGUCUAACCUCUCCGUCUGAGGACGAAGAUCCUCUGUGCCAGGCCGUGCCCGUCACCGGGUGCCAGGCAGCUGUCUUCGUACCCACCCAGCCCGCCAGACUGGCCGUCAUCCACUGCACCGGGCUCUCAACCAACAAAGCCCUCACUGUGUUCGAUGUCAGCAUUAAAAAGACAAAGUACAAGGCGGAUAUCCAGGUCCAGCAGGUGGAGUCCUUUCCCUUGACUCUGAACAAUUGGUCCUCACACAUCCUGCUGGAGGCCAGAGACAGCAACUGCUUAGUGGUGGCAGCCGACCAGCAGCUGUGGGUGUACUCUCUGAAAGGAGCCCUGCUGGCUAACUUUAAAGAGCACAUCAUGCCCAUCUCUUCGAUAUGUGUGGAUAACUUCCGUGUGGUGACGGCGUCUCAGGAUCUGUCCUUACGAGUUCUGAUGUGGACAAAUGACAGAGACAACGGGCUGAGUCUGGAGAGCAGAUACCACUUACUGGGAGGCUCGCACACCAUGUCCAGAGGGUUCACUCAUGUUGCGAGUGACUACACCAGCAUCGUGGCCUCGGUGGAAGGGAAAGAUGGGAAAGACGUCCUGAAAGCUUAUUUUUUCAACUCCUGAGCGUCACUGCUUCACAGAGACAAGCGCCUUUAUUUGCACGACCCACGGGAAGGAGGAACAUCUGCUUUUAUUACCAACUGUUCGUCAUAUACUCGUUAUUAUGGUGUUCUUUGGUAGGUCUGUGUUUACAAAAAAGAAGAGAAUGUAACUUAUAAUACAGAUAAGAAGCACUAUGUUAUGGGAAAGGCAUUGAUACGCUGUGUGAUACAAUAUGUGAAGAAAAUGUUCUAUGAUCAUGGAGCUGAGGUAUGUCACUGUUAUGGAUGAAUAUGACCAAGCUUAAGGCAUGAAGUAUUGCAAAAGUAAAUAUUCUGGUGACCUGUU